CGAAAUUGAUGCAAUGAACAUGUCCCCGAUCGAUCCUCUAAUUGCUUGACUUCUUCUUCCUAAUCCUUUCUUUCUCCAUUUUUCUUCUCUCUCUCUCUCUCUCUCUCUCUCUCUCUCUCUCCUCUCACAAACUCCAUUGCACGCAUUCCCACCACCUUCACCUUCCAUUUUCCUUAGACACACAUACACGUGCAUGUACAUCUACAAAUAACAUGGGUAACAGUGUUAUUAAUUAAUAUAUACAUUUGAAAUUAGAACAAUGUCGUGGGUAAGAUCCGCUGUGAACAAAGCGGUUGAAGCAGGUGGUCAGACCAAUCUCACCCGCACCGUUCGCAACUAUGCAGACUCUGUCGUUCUCCAUGCAAGCAACGCCGUCGCCGGCGGCGCAAAAAUCAUCCAAGAACGCAUUGUGGCUCGUAAUAUGCAAAGUUUUAGGCAUACUGUAAAACGGUUAGAAGAAGUUUCAGUUUCAUGUAGAGGGAUAGAGAGAGUUCAGUUGCUUAGACGGUGGUUGGUUGCCCUCAAAGAAGUUGAGAGAUUUGCUGCUACAUGCAGUGACACCAAUGCAAAAGAUGGAGAUGACCACUUUGAUGAUUUUAAGGAUUCACCUACUUUGAUUUACUAUGUAGACCCUGGUGUGGCGGGUGAACCAAAGAAUUUUCGUGAUGUCUUUCUUCACAGUCAAGCUCUCGAGGGCAUAACAUUGUCAAUGAUUCUUGAAGCACCAAAUGAGGAAGAAGUUUCACUACUUUCAGAGAUAUAUGGGCUCUGCAUUAAAGGAGGGAAGGAAGAACAAACUGCCUUGUUAUGUAGUGUACAAGAUUUAGCAAAAGCAUUUUCUAGAUAUGAAGAUGAAGUACUAGCGAAACGUGAAGAAUUACUUCAAUAUGUCCAAGUUACAGUUUCAGGGCUGAAAGUAAAUGCGGAUCUCAUGAGAAUAGAAGUUGAAGCCUGCAAUCUGAAAGAAAAAAUUGACAAGAUGAAGGCAUCAAAUUCAGAUGCAAGAAAAUCAUCCAAAGAGACAACUUUCGUUGUAAUAGAGGCUUUUGAUGAAGCUAUGAAAAAUAUUCAGAUGUGUUCUAAGUUGGAAGAGCUCUUACUGAAAAAGAAAUACUUUAGUUGUGGCGAUUCUCCAGAACUUCAUGCUGAAAAGGUUGAUAAAUUGAAAGUUUUAUCAGAAUCUCUUGCAAAUUCUGCCACAAAAGCCGAGAGUCGCAUUUCGGAGCACAGAUCUCAGAAAGAAGAAGCACUUCAUUUUCGGGUAACCAAGUCCAGUGAGGUUAGCCAAAUUGAGAAGGAAUUGUCAGGGGAGAUUGAAGAACUCGAGAAGCAAAAAGACGAGCUCGAAGACAAACUUAAAAAGGUGAACAUGUUGUUGACAUCUGCACGUACACGCCUCCGCAAUGCAAAAGAAGAAAAAGAACAAUUUGACGAUGCAAGCAAUGAAAUCAUUGCACAUUUAAAAACAAAGGAAGAUGAGAUGUUACGAGCCAUUGCUUCUUAUACAAGUGAAGGCAAUGUUGUUAAUACAUGGAUCCAUUUUCUAGAGCACACUUGGGUAUUUCAAACUUCUCUUACAAAGAGAAACGAGGAGCAGGUCAAUGCUGAACUGGAGAGAUAUGGAGAUCAUUUUGUGAAUUUGGUUGUCCAUCUUUUGUCUUCUUAUAAGGAAAAGCUGGGUUCAUCUGUUACUCAAAUAAGAACACUUGUGGAGAAUUUAAGUUCAAGUCAAGGGUUAGAAAUACCAGUUGAAGUAGAUAACGAAGGUUCGAAAGUAGUGAAUCCAAGGAAAAAGCUUGAAGAAGAAUAUCUGGACAUUGAAUCCAAGUUUUUAACCACUUUGAAUAUAGUGGACACCAUGAACAAGCAGUUUCACAUUCAAAAGGAAGGCAUUUUCAGAAAAGAUAAGGACAAGGUGACAGAACUAUUAGAUGCCAUUAAGAAAACAAAAGAAGAAUUUGAAUCAAUUAAGAGACCAAAGUUGCAAAUUGAGACUCCAAUUGAAAAGUCAGAAACACCCUCAAAUCAAAUACACUCAUCAACAGCACCAUCACCUUCCUCCAUCACCAUGUUGCCAAAUAAAAACAAGCAAGAUAGAAAGAAAAACUCUCCAUCAAUUACAAUGAAGACGAUAUCAAUAGAAGAACUCGAUAAAUUAAGCGAGGAUGACUCAGCAGAAGAGAUAAGUGAAUGGGAAUUUGAUGCUUAUGAUAAAGAUCAAUACACCAUGAGUUGACCCUUGACCAAAACAUGGAAAAAGACAAGCAUUACUUGAUGUUGUAAAAAGAGUGAAGAAAAAGGUAGCAUGGUUUUUGUGUCUUGGGAAGGAGAUGUGUAACUCAGAUGCUAGACACCAUAUAUUGAAACUAUGUUAACUUGAAGAUGUACAUGAAACAGGUUUGGUCCACUGAAAAGUAGUUUGUAUUUGUACCAUUAUUAAUGUAUUCAAUCAUUGAUGAUGAAAUGUAGAUCUCCAACCAUGUAACUUUUUGGAUAAAGUCUUGUUUACUUUGUGUAGCAAUUUUGUCAGUGAGGAAAUUCCUUUUCAACUA